CAUGCAUGCCUAUCUUACUCUCGGCGUCCGUAGAGCUAGCUGACGUCUAAAUGAUCUAGGAACCUUGGAAGCCGGCUUGUGCGAACCGCUCAGAAAUAGCUUUCAACCAGCAAAUCGGAGCCAUUUCAACUACUUUUAAUCAUUAUCAAUAAACUUAGGUAAGCAUGGAGGAAGCACAGUUGGAUCUGGUGGAGGAAAGGAUUGAGUUGGAGAGAGGAACAACAGGUCUGGGUUUCAACAUCAAAGGAGGUCGUGACCAGCCACAUGUACCCCGUGAUUCUGGGAUCUUUGUCACUAAGAUCAGAGAUGACGGAGCAGCAGCUAAAGAUGGCAGCCUACAGAAAGGAGAUAAGAUUCUAGAGAUAAAUGACAAGGAUGUACGGAAUGUACCUCACCAGGAUGCAGUCAAUGAAUUUGUGAGUGCGGGGGAGGCAGUCACGCUGGUUGUACAACAUGGUGCUGAGGACUUACUUAGGGAAAGAUAUGAAAGAUCUGUCAAAGCCAAGGAAGCCAAUGCCCCCAGCAGCUCAUAUCGGAAGUGGAUAGCCCUCGCUAGCAUUGGAGUGGCCACUGUAGGGGUAAUAUAUUUCAUAGUCAAGCAUCGUAAGCACUGAGGCGCGUCGGUUGGACCUUAUCGAAAUCGGAAUCCAUCUCAUUUUUUGUGAUUAUUUCUUCAGAAGGAUCAGAAUGUGCAGUCGAAUAUCUUGUAUCUACUCUAUGUGUAUCCAACCUCUCUCUGUGAAAAGAAAAUAUUUGUUAUGGAAGCAUUAUGUAUACAUUUAUUAUAUGCUCCACAAAAAUGGAGAGUUAAACAACAAAAUUACAUUAAAUUGCAGGCCGCCAUACUUGAGCACGCCCGUAGAACAUACCAAUCACAUGUUUAGUUAAAAGGUUUGUUACAUAUACAUUUGCACCUUCAAUUAGGUUAACCAUUACCAGGGGUUUAUGAGCAUGCUGGAAAAAAAAAUGUGAAAUUGAUCACCCUUGGGAAUGAGGUUGAAUCAGUCUAAGCACAUGUAUGAUUUGGUGGCGACUUGAUCGCCGAGCCAUCAUGCUUUGAAGCAUAGGACAGCUGUUUGCAACAGUCAUAGCUGUAGCUGUAGCCGUAGGAUCCAGACUUUAUCUUUUCGCCCACCAUCUUUUCUUGUCCCCUGUCAACAUUGACCAUGGCUACUGAUUUUCAUUAUGCCUGAAAGGGACCUGACUAUUUUCCUUUCAUUCUUGGUUAGGGGACAUUGGUUUGAACAGGAGGGAAGCUAAGGUGGCUGCACCAAGGCAUCAGGCCUGUAAUUGCAUGCAUGCCCUUGAGGCCAUGGCCUCUGUUGCCCCUGGUCUCGGCCUUGGUGCCCAUCAUGGUUUCUCAUUCCUUUUGCAAAAAGGAACGUGGCCAUCUUGCCCUGUCACAGAUGAAAUUGCAGGCCUGCCAAGGCCUAUUGCAAUGCAAACUGUGGCGCAGUAAUAAAAACUUGGGAGAUUCUGGCCAUUCGUCAUAAAGCCAAGUGUGCAAUAGUUGUGCAUCGUAUUUGCCAAUUUCUAAUCUAAGCAUUCAUGCACUGGAAAAACACCCUGGAAUGGGGGUGUUUUUGUUUGUCUGUAAGAAAUUGUUUUGUAGAUAGAAGAUAUUUGACUGCAUUUUGGGAUAAAAGUGAACAUCACCAAGAAUACUCUUUGUACUCCAGUUUUGUGUGUAUUCAUUUGAAGAUUUCCUGAUAGUUUGAAUGUAUACUUUAUGUGUAGAUGAAUGUUUUAAGAAAUCUUCCACAAAUGAUUCUAAAUCAGACAAAUAUAAAUUAUUGUUGAUGUUAAAUUUUUUUGUUUUCCAUUUUUGAAUGAUUCGAAUUUUGCACUGCUGUUUUUUGAAACAAGUUUAAGGAGAAGUUGACAUACUAAAAAAA